CGCCCACUGGUGCCACCUCCCUUUCGGACCGGGCAGUGAAGUUUUUCGUUCCGCGAGCCGCUGACAAGUUAACUGCCUGUGCCGUUUAAACCAGGUUGUAUUUGUUUGGACACCAACCACUCUUAUUUAAUACUGAAUCAUGGCGGUGAACACGGGCACCUCUCUGGUACUGUCCAGCCUGCUGUCGGUGCUGGUGUUUGCUGGGAUGCAGAUGUUCAGUAAGCAGCUGGGAUCCACCGAGUGGCUCACAAUCCUGGGAGGUUUCUUCGGCUCAAUCCUCUUCAUCUGCUGCCUCACUGCAUUUAAUAAUAUGGAAAAUCUCAUUUUUGGGAAGGGAUUCCAAGCCAAGAUAUUCCCCGAGAUUCUGCUGUGCCUGUGCCUGUCACUGUUCGCCUCUGGUCUGGUGCACCGUGUCUGUGUCACCACAUGCCUGAUUUUCUCCCUCUUUGCCUUGUACUACAUCAACAAAGUAUCUGCAGCCCUCUACCAGGCAGGAGUCCCCGCAGCAACUCCAUCAAAAGCCACCAGCAAGGGCAAAAGGAAGAACUGAUGGAUUUGUUGGAUCCCUCUUGCGUCCUGCAACUCAGUUGAUGAUACCGAGGCGCCGAUGUCCAGUGCAGCUCGGCUGUUUCCUAUGUUUUGUAUUAAUGUCUUGAAUCCAUAACUGUGUAUUUCUACAGGCUCUUUGCUGAUUACUUGUAAAGUUUUGAUCAGUUCCUUUUUACAGUAAUCUCAUUUGAAUCAAGUCCACGGAGAAAGCCUAGCGGCCGCCACGUUCCUUUCGAUGGUCCCUUUGUCUGCUCUCUUUUUACACUGAUUGCAAAGAUAUUCAAACAUCAUGUUAUCCGCGCAUUCAUCAGCACAUCAAGUCGCUUUUUUGUUAAUUUCCUUUUGUAAUUAAACUCUGUAAAAUACUUUAAA